UGGACUUUGUUUCUUUUUACACUUUUUAUAGCUAUAAUGCUGCACUUUAUGGCUGACAGCAGUAACUUAACCACCAUUAACAGGAUGCACUUUGCUGCAGCUACGGGCUAGCACUUCACAUACACACCUCCUGAGGGAAGCUCUUAUUCUUCACUGCAGAGUUGGCCCGGACUAUCGUAAAAUAGUUACCAGCUACCCGCCUAGGGCAAGUUACCCACAAUGACCACCUACAUCACACAUCUUGACGUGUCCCUCCAUGAAGCUGAGGAGGAAAAGCUUCAAUCACAAGGCUUCAUGAAAAUUAAUGUUGAUCUGAACAAAGGAGCAGGCGGAAAGUAUAUCUAUAUUUGGUACAAAAAAGAAUCCCGCUCAGCACCAAUCACCGGACUUCAAGUUACAUUCAACGAUGACAUGGCUGUUGGAUUGAUCAAUGCAGGGUACACAAAGAUCGAUAAAGAUCUCAAUGCUGGAGCACGAGGUUUUUACCUUUACCUUUGGUACUUCAGAGGGUCCGGAGAGUACCACACUCCCAUAGUGGAGAUUGAUGUCACUACAGAUGCAAAAAGUGAAGCUCACAAGUUUCUCCAAGACUGGGAGAGACUGGACUGUGAUCUGAACCGUGGGGCUGGAGGGAACUGGAUCCACGCCUGGGUGAAGAGAGAGAAACAAACCUACAUCUGUGAUAAAAACAGAUUCAAAUGGAUCAUGCAAGGUUACACCUCAGUGAGUGUUAACCUCAACGAGAGGACCGGAGGUAACCAGGUGUACCUGUGGUACAAGAAACGGGGAUGCAACAAUCCCAUCAAGGCCAUCACCCUGCUUCUCAACACAGAUGUUGUUCAAGAGUAUAAGAAGGCUGGUGUCACUGUUAUCGACAGAAAUAUCAACUUAGGUCUCGACCGCCAUCUAGACCAGCACUACCUCAGGUCCUGUCCUCGGUCCAGCUCCGUCAUCCAAGCCAGCCACUGCACGUCGUCUUGCGCACCCAAUGGUGCCUCCGCAGGUCCCGACCACCCACUAGCCCCGCACCACCUCAGGUCUCUCUCCACAUCUCCUCCUCACAUUCUCAGCCUCAGAACCCCUAUGUAG